AUGGCGGAGCCGCCGUCCUCGCCCACGGACCUGUCCCUCGCCAACAGCGGCCGGCCCCUGCAGCAGCAGCUCAGCCCGCGGAGAAGUGCGUCAGGUCCUGCAGGCCCUGACGGUGACUCCGGCGCCGGCUCGGCGUCCAAGAAGGCGGCUGGCGGUGGCGGCAAGUGCAAGCGGGUGCGCACCAUCUUCACCGCGGACCAGCUGGAGAGACUGGAGGCCGAGUUCGAGCGCCAGCAGUACAUGGUGGGGCCGGAGCGGCUGUACCUGGCGCACGCCCUCAACCUGACCGAGGCCCAGGUCAAGGUGUGGUUCCAGAACCGGCGCAUCAAGUGGCGCAAGCAGCACCUGGAGGUGGAGCAGCAGCGCCUGGCCGCCAUCAAGCAGCACCCCGUGCACCACCUGCAGCAGCACCUGGACGACGGCCACGGCCACGCCGGCCACCCCGGCCACCCGGGCCACCGAGACAUGGACAGCGGCUCCGAGGACAGCGUGCUCAGCGAGGACCGGUCGUACUUCGCGUCCCUCACUGAGGAUGUUCGAAGAAUUGGAGAUGAAAGUGAGGUGAACUUAAGUUCUUUAUAA